GAGUGGUCCUGGUGCCGAUGUCCUUAGCUCUCUAUUUGGAAGCUCUAGUUCCUUGGCGUGAGGGAGGGUCGCUGAGCCCUCCUCUUGCUUUGCAGCCGCCCCUCCUUCCCUGCCCGCUGACGGUAUAAUGAUAUAAUCAUGAGGGGUGUCACAUCCCGCAUUUGAACUUGCAGCCAAACGGGCUCACUGAUUCCUCCUGCACAAGACUCAGCAGAGACACAAGACUCAGCACAGACACAAGGACUCAACACAGACACUUCUGGGAAUCAGGUGCCCUUGUACCACUGGGACUUUGUAUAGAGCUGGGGCAAGAGCCUGCGGAGAGGAUCCCCCCUCAAAAAGCAUCCCCCCUCCAGUCUGGGAAUAUUACUCCAUCAGCCGCAAGCAAGUCUGGGGGAGAUUUCUGUAUGUGGAUUGGAUGCAGCUGCACCGCUAGGUCACCUUAAAAGGUCAAGAUGUUACUAGAAAUAAAAUAUAUAUUUUGGAUAUGCUCAGCAUUUUCCCUUACAAAUGCAUUCCGUGCAGUUACAUUGGAAAAAAGUCCCCCAGUGAAGGGUUCGUUAUCUGGAAGAGUGAAUCUGCCAUGUUUUUUUUCAACCAUGCCCACAUUGCCUCCCAGCUACAAUAUUACAAAUGAGUUUCUGCGAAUCAAAUGGACCAAAAUUGUUCAGAGCAGAGAUGGAAAGGACCCAAAGGAAACUACAGUUUUGGUGGCCCAAAGUGGAAGUAUCAAAAUUGGACAACAAUAUAGAGGUAGAGUGUCUGUGCCGAGCCAUCCUGAGGAUAUUGGGGAUGCAUCUUUAACCUUAGUUAAGCUACGUGCCAGCGAUGCUGGUGUUUACCGAUGUGAGGUCUUGUUUGGGAUUGAGGAUACCCAAGACACCAUUUCCUUGGAUGUUUCAGGAGUUGUGUUCCACUAUCGAGCCUCUACUGACAAAUACACUUUGGACUUUGAGGCUGCUCAGAGGGCAUGCAUAGACAACGGCGCCAAAAUUGCAACUCCUGGACAACUGAGAGCAGCCUAUGAAGAUGGGUUUGAGCAAUGUGAUGCUGGAUGGCUUUCUGACCAGAGUGUUAGAUACCCAAUCCGCUCCCCUAGAGCAGGCUGCUUUGGUGAUAAAAUGGCAAAGGAAGGAAUUCGCACCUAUGGAAGACGCCCUGUUUUUGAGAGAUAUGAUGUGUAUUGUUUUGUGGAUGAACUGGAAGGUGACCUGUUCCACACGACUGUUAACAAUAAGUUCACCUUUGAAGAAGCCAAGCAGGAGUGUGAGAAGAAGAAUGCCGCUCUUGCCACUGUGGGAGAUCUGUAUGCGGCCUGGAGAAAGGGAUUUGACCAGUGUGAUUAUGGUUGGCUGGCUGAUGGCAGCGUUCGUUACCCAGUAUCAUUGGCCAGGCCCCAGUGCGGAGGAGGUUUGCUUGGGGUUCGGACUAAAUACCGCUUCAGUAACCAGACUUAUUUCCCUAAUUCACAGGAGCGACAUGAUGCAUAUUGUAUCCAAAGCAAAAGAAAUAUAACUGAAUCUGUAUCAGUUUGGUUGAUAUUACCAACUGAAGCUUCAACCACCAGUAUGAUAAAGACAGUGGAAAAAUUGCCUGAAAAGAUAACCAUAAAGCCUGUUUAUUCUGAUGGACGUCAACCUGCAACAGAAAGCAUUUCGCAUUUGAAAGCAGAAACAAAUGUUACGCCUGAUACCAAGCAGAAAGAAAUAGUAGGUCCAACAGAUCCAUCCCCUCUUUCAUUUCAAGUAGAGGGAACUUUGGCUUCUAAAUUGGAAAGUAGCCAAGAUGCCAUAGAACCUUCUGCUUAUCAGACCGAGAAAAUUGGUGUAGAGAGUAGGAUCACUGAAAGCCCAACAGAUUCUCCAAUGGAGCAACAAUAUUCUGUAACUGAUACUUCUAUAAAACUGACAAAAGAGGUUCUAUAUCAAAGUUCACAACCCCCCAGAGGGUCAAUGGAAGCCAAAACUGAAGAAAUUAUCCCAACGGUUAUAAUACAUCGUGAUAAAGACAUUAUUACCAGCCUGACAGAAACAGGAACAGGAUCUAAGGAAGCAUUUGAUAAUAGUGUGGUGACUGUGAGUAGUUUAAAACAACAUUCUGAUGCUUCAAGCACACAACCUAAUUUGGAUGUAUUUACAGUGUACAAAACAUCCACCUCUAUGCGUCCAGGAGUAACUUCAGGCAUUGAUACAUCUGAAGAAGGAAGCCAGCCAACUGUGUCUUCAGAAUCAAUAACUACAAAAGAAAAACAUGUAGUUAGUAUAGCUACAGACCAUAAAGAUGAGCCCAUAGAUGAAGUCACUAGACCUGUCCAGGAAAGUACAGCAUUGCCUGAAAGGACUGUCACUGAGGAUGUAAUUAUAGAAUCUGAGGAUAGUUAUGGAGUUGCUAAAGAUGAAACUACUUUGCAGCCAAGCCAGCCAUCACCUUCAGACAGUCCAGCAAGAGUCACACCUCCAGUAUUGGGUGUUACUGAAGCCUCCUCCACAAGCAAAAAACCAAAACCAACUGAUACAAUGGAAAAAGUUCCUGAAACACAAAUCUCUCAUAAAGAGACCGUGGAACAAAUAACAGAUGUGGAACCUGGGGAGGAAACCAGCAAGGGAACAAUAGUGAUUGAUGAGUCUGUUUCUCGCCUAAAAGUUACAACUGAAUCUGAUAUGACUGGCAAACAGGAGGAUGAGAUCGACUCAGAAUACCUGACAAGUGGAACUUCUGCUAAACAACCCACCCAUGAGCCUGAAUGUGAGGACACCUCAGAGGAGGCUCCAACAAAUGACGCAGAUUUUCAGAUUCCUUCAUUGAUCAAUGUGAUCCUUGUGACGCUUCAUGACAAUGAGACAGACCCAGUUGACUCACUUAUUCAUGUACUGGAUCCAGGAAGACUUCAAUUCCCCGAACAUAAUGAGUCCAGUGAAGAGAAUGGCUUCCCACUAAUAAUAGAUGUUAUACAAUUAGUUCCACACGAUAGUGAUGAGGAAUUAGAUUGUGACAAUACUACUGAUGUUUCAACACCCCCUUCAUUGCAAUUUAUCAAUGGCAAACAAGAGAUCACAACUGCACCAAGAGAUUCCAAAGCUGAGGAAGCUAGACAGGAUCAAAUUGAAAGUGCCACGCCAUCUGAAAAUGUUUCAUUUACUCAAAUCAGUGAGGUUACAGAACAAGUAAUAUUGCAGACAGAUGUCCCUAGCAUUGCAACUUCAGUAGUUGUAGACAUUGGGGACAGCAUUACACAUGCAAAGAUACAAGAACCUGAAUUCAGUGGGGAUACAGAGAUUUAUGCUGAGACUCCAACAACACAGCAAACUGAGUUGCCACCCACACCAAGUAUACUUUCGCUUAAUAGAUCAGUGCAUUUAUUUACACUGGAAUCCUUAGAAGAUACAGAUUCUAAAGUUUUGAGCACUACUGAAUUAGUUUCUGAAGAGAACAGAAUUCAUCCUGAACAUGUGACAGAUGCACCCUCAACCCAACUGAUAUCUCAAAUACCCACCCAUGCAAGUAAACAAACAUUACCAAAAACAGAAGAAACACCUAAACCAACAGAGGAAGAUACAAAGGAGACAGAGGAACCAUCAAUUGUCACUGGAGCUUCCAUUGUUUAUGCUGAGCCUGAAGAUUCCGUAACUGCUUCUGUACAAAGUUUGGAUGAAAUCAAGAGUUCUCCAACAAAAGUUAUUGUAAAAGCUGAUAGCCCAUUGCCUACAUCAUUCCCUGGUAUAGAUUUGUCAUCUGAAGAAAUAAAGUCUGUUACAUCAGUAUAUGAGCAGGUGACAAACGUCACAGCCACGAGCAAAGAAGAAAAUGAGGAAAGUAUACUUACUGUAGAUCCAACAAAAAGUUUUGGAUUGUUUGAAGAAGAAGCAGGGUCAGCUAUGGAAGGUGUCAUUUUAGAUCAGCAAACUGCCAUAAGUAGCAGUCUAUAUGCUACAGAAACCAUAUCUACAGUAACAGACUCAUCUCAAGUAAAGCCUACUGAUUCCAUAUCUUCUUCUGCUUCUGAUGCAAUAUCUACUCAUGAUAUAAGCAAAACUGUAACUACUUCUGACAUUUCUUCCCACAGUUCAGUAACUCAUGUAGUCACUGUAGGCUCCCUGUUGAUACAGGAAGGUUCAGGAGAUACAGACGAUGCAUAUAAAUAUGUUUCAAGCACUGUAUCACAAGAGAAACAUGGACUUGAAAUGUUGUCUACAGAUUCAGCUAAAACUGCUGACACAAUGUUGAAAAUUGCUGUUAAAGAAGAAACCACCAUUCUGACAACAGAUGGUUCACAGAAAGAAGGAGUUUAUGUACCUACUGACAUUCCAGAUAAACAAACAUACAAAUAUGAUUCAGCUACAGCAUUGACAGAAAAGAUUACCACAACUGAAAAAGAAGAAUUUGUUGUAUCUGAGCCUGGUGAUACUGAAUCAACUUCAGAAAAAUUACAGGCUAGCACAGUGCAAAGUCCAUUGACAGACUUGGAUUCAAAACAAGAAGUAAUCAUUUAUUCAACUCAUUUUCCACCAGAAGCAGAUUAUAGAGAUUUAGAUCAUUUACGUUCCUCUCCAUUACCAGUCUUGGCAUCUACAGCCUCUAGCAGUAUAGACAUAGCCAGUCCAGAUGAAACAUCUCUCAUGAAAACCAGCACCGUUUUACCAUUCUUGGGUGAGGGUUCAGCUGAUGGUGAUUUGGAGACUAUUCUUACUCCUAAACCAUCUUUAGAUUCCAUAAAACCAGAUACUGAAGCCGUUACAGUAUUUUCAAUCUUUUCAGAGGAUAAAACAGUUGAAGCUGGCACGACUCACAGUUUGACACCAAGUAAAUUGAGCUCAGGCUUACCAUUAGUAGAUCAAGGUUCUGGAGAUCUUAGCUCUGAAACAGAAUUUGAAAUAACAACUGCAAAAGACUUUGUUACUGUUUCUACCAUAGAACUUACAGAGAGUACAGAUACUACAGCAUUUUUAGGGGGAACAGAAGUGAAACAAUUGGGUGCAGAACCUGAGACAGUGCAAUCUAAAUUCACCUUCAGCACAGAAACACCAAUAUCACUGGAACACAUUACAACAUUGAAACCCCCAAAAACAAUUUUUACUGACUCAUUAUUUACUGAUACUGGUUCAGGUGACCCAGAUAAUGUAGUCACAGUUUUCCCUACCUUGACUUCACAAACCCAAAGACAACAUGAAACUGAAACCAUUAGCACUGUUCUUACACCAGCUGAACAGUCCACAGUGGGUCUGGAAAUGGAAACGGAAACAGAAUCAGACCUUAAAGAAGCACAGACAAUUGAAUCAGAAAUAACUCAUGAUAAAGAUAAGCAUCAGUUGCAAACAACAAGCAUAACAUCACAGCCCACUAGCGAACAAUUUACACAAGCUUCUCUCAAAUACAUACUAAGCACUGACUACCCAGUAAGUGAAGGAUCAGGAGAUGAGCAUCAAUCUGCCGAAUCUACACCCAAAACUAUAGAACAUGGGACUUCAAGCAUUAUAACAGCACAGACUGAGGACAAACAUAGUACAAAAAUAGUUUUUGAGGGUUCAGGAGAUGAGGGCACCAUGGCAGGUACCUCAAUAUAUGUUACUAAAACGAAAUCACAAAGCGAAGACAUCAGUUCACUAUUUCCAACUGAGGAGUCAAGAGUGAGUUUAGAAGUUGACACGGUUAAAAUAGACCUUCAUUUAGAAAACCAUACCAAAGAAGCAGAUGCUGUGGAGUCUUAUGCUGGUGUGAGUGUAGAUACAGAUGCAAUGUCUGAGACUGGAAUACAAUCAACACACAGCACACCAGUACAUCCAACUAGUGGGCAUAUUUCUUUGCAUACAGUGCAAGAAACAGCCAGUGCUCACUCACCUGUUAUAAUUGAAAGCUCAGGAGACACAGAAGACAUUUCCACAGCUACGGAAACAUAUGCAACCAAAACAGACAUAGAAGACAUCAGCACAGCAUUCCCACUGGAAAAAACCUCAUUGAGUCCAGCUAGAGAAACAAGUUUUGACUUGAAAAUUGAUACCAAAGAUGCAGCAACAGUUGAAAAUGAAACAAGUUUCAGUACAGCAUCACAAGAAAUAUCAAAGGUUGUGACCCAAGCAACUGUCAUAGUACCAGGAGAUUCAGCUACCAAAGAAAGUAUAAUGACAGAUUCAACUACUUAUGAAAGCUCAGGUGACAUUGAUAUUUUUAUUGGCACCACAACAUAUGCAUCUGCAACUAAACUGGACAGUGAAAUCAUCAGCACAUCGCCCACAACUAAAGAACACACAGAAAUUGUGGAAGCAGAAACUGGUUUUGAGUUAGGUGAUAUCAAAGGAAAAGAAACAGUUGCAAUGGAUACAGUCAUUAGUACAGAUCAACAAGAAGUGUCUACGUUUAAUACACAAGCAUCUUCCACUAUGUACUAUUCACCUACUGAGGAUAUCUCUAAAACACCAGUCAGCACUGUUUUAACAGAUGAGAGCUCAGGAGAUGGUUUCUCAGCUACUGAAACAUACACAAUUAAAAUGCAUAGUGAAGCUAUCAGCACAAUAAUUACAACUGAACAACCCAAAAUUAGUCUAUCAGUAGAAACAAGUGAAGCAAGUUUUGUGUUAGAAACUAGCACUAAAGAAAUAAAAAUGGAAUCCGAAAUAGAUAUCAGUACAGAUGCACACCAACUGUCUGUAGCUGGAACACAAGCAUCUGUCACUAUAAAUGUACCCCCAGCUGUCACUGUUUUUUCCGAGGAUAGCUCAGGGGACUAUGCAGAUAUUUUUACAGACACAUACCCAACUAAAACUAAAGUGGAAAGCAAGGCUGUCAGCACAGAUUUCCCAGCCAAGGAAGCAACAGUGGGCUUUGCAGUUGAAACAAGUAAAAUAGGUCUAGGAUUUGAAACAGAAGCAGCAGAAUCUAAAACAUUGGUCAGUGGAGCUGCAGAGACAAAAUUUGAGACAACAGACAUCUUUCCAUCACAUACAACUAGUGAGUCCACUCCAUCUCUUCCAGUCAAAGAAAUAAUCAGCACAGAUGAAAGUUCAGGAGAUGAUGGCUUCUUACUGACAUUGACUAAAGCCUAUGCAACUGAAACUGAACCUGUCAGCAGCACGGGUUUCCCUACUAAAGGACCUGAAGUGAGUUUAGAAGUGGAAACAAGUGAAACAGGCCUUAAGUUAGAAAGUUCUACCAAGGAUGAUGAAACAGCUGCAUCUGAAGCAGGUAUUAAAGCAGAUAUGCUAGAAACAUCAAAGGUUGUAACACAAGCAACUGGAAUAUCAUCACAUUCAACUGGAGAGCCUAUUACAUCAAGCCCAGUUACAAAGCAUUUUAGCACUGAUUCAGUAUUUCUUGAUCAAGGCUCAGGAGACCAGACUCAGGAUGAUUUACUAGAGGUUGCUUCUACCAAGACUUCUGAAAUAAAAACUGAGGGGACUACUGAAGCUAUUGGUACACAUUCUUUAGCUACAGAGUCCUGGUUGAGCACAGAAAUAGAAACAUCAUUAAAACCUGAAUUGGGUUCAUCUGUAGAUAUGCAGGAAAUAUCAAAAGCACAAACACCAAGUGCCACAUUAACACCUGAAAUCAAAGAAAGUUCUACCAAGUAUGAUGAAGCAGCUGAAUCUGAAGCAGGUAUUAAAGCAGAUAUGCUACAAACAUUAAAGGUUGUAACACAAGCAAUGGGAAUAUCAUCACAUUCAACUGGAGAGCCUAUUACAUCAAGCCCAGUUACAAAGCAUUUUAGCACUGAUUCAGUAUUUCUUGAUCAAGGCUCAGGAGACCAGACUCAGGAUGAUUUACUAGAGGUUGCUUCUACCAAGACUUCUGAAAUAAAAACUGAGGGGACUACUGAAGCUAUUGGUACACAUUCUUUAGCUACAGAGUCCUGGUUGAGCACAGAAAUAGAAACAUCAUUAAAACCUGAAUUGGGUUCAUCUGUAGAUAUGCAGGAAAUAUCAAAAGCACAAACACCAAGUGCCACAUUAACACCUGAAAUCAAAGAAAGUUCUACCAAGUAUGAUGAAGCAGCUGAAUCUGAAGCAGGUAUUAAAGCAGAUAUGCUACAAACAUUAAAGGUUGUAACACAAGCAAUGGGAAUAUCAUCACAUUCAACUGGAGAGCCUAUUACAUCAAGCCCAGUUACAAAGCAUUUUAGCACUGAUUCAGUAUUUCUUGAUCAAGGCUCAGGAGACCAGACUCAGGAUGAUUUACUAGAGGUUGCUUCUACCGAGACUUCUGAAAUAAAAACUGAAGGUGCUACUGAAGCCAUUGGUACACAGAAAGCAACAGUGGGCUUUGCAGUUAAAACAAGUAAAAUAGGUCUAGGAUUGGAAACAGAAGCAACAGAAUCUAUAACAUUGGUCAGUGGAGCUGCAGAGACAAAAUCUGAGACAACAGACAUCUUACCAUCACAUUCAACUAGUGAGGCCACUCCAUCUCUUCCAGUCAAAGAAAUAUUCAGCACAGAUGAAAGUUCAGGAGAUGAUGGCUUCUUACUGACUUUGACUAAAGCCUAUGCAACUGAAACUGAACCUGUCAGCAGCACGGGUUUCCCUACUAAAGUAUCUGAAGUGAGUUUAGAAGUGGAAACAAGUGAAACAGGCCUUAAGUUAGAAAGUUCUACCAAGGAUGAUGAAACAGCUGCAUCUGAAGCAGGUAUUAAAGCAGAUAUGCUAGAAACAUCGAAGGUUGUAACACAAGCAACUGGAAUAUCAUCACAUUCAACUGGAGAGCCUAUUACAUCAAGCCCAUUUACAAAGCAUUUUAGCACUGAUUCAGUAUUUCUUGAUCAAGGCUCAGGAGACCAGUCUCAGGAUGAUUUACUAGAGGUUGCUUCUACCAAGACUUCUGAAAUAAAAACUGAGGGAACUACUGAAGCUAUUGGUACACAUUCUUUAGUUACAGAGUCCUGGUUGAGCACAGAAAUAGAAACAUCAUUAAAACCUGAAUUGGGUUCAUCUGUAGAUAUGCAGGAAAUAUCAAAAGCACAAACACCAAGUGCCACAUUAACACCUGAAAUCAAAGAAAGUUCUACCAAGUAUGAUGAAGCAGCUGAAUCUGAAGCAGGUAUUAAAGCAGAUAUGCUAGAAACAUUAAAGGUUGUAACACAAGCAAUGGGAAUAUCAUCACAUUCAACUGGAGAGCCUAUUACAUCAAGCCCAGUUACAAAGCAUUUUAGCACUGAUUCAGUAUUUCUUGAUCAAGGCUCAGGAGACCAGACUCAGGAUGAUUUACUAGAGGUUGCUUCUACCGAGACUUCUGAAAUAAAAACUGAAGGUGCUACUGAAGCCAUUGGUACACAGGAAGCAACAGUGGGCUUUGCAGUUGAAACAAGUAAAAUAGGUCUAGGAUUGGAAACAGAAUCAGCAGAAUCUAUAACAUUGGUCAGUGGAGCUGCAGAGACAAAAUUUGAGACAACAGACAUCUUACCAUCACAUUCAACUAGUGAGGCCACUCCAUCUCUUCCAGUCAAAGAAAUAUUCAGCACAGAUGAAAGUUCAGGAGAUGAUGGCUUCUUACUGACAUUGACUAAAGCCUAUGCAACUGAAACUGAACCUGUCAGCAGCACGGGUUUCCCUACUAAAGGACCUGAAGUGAGUUUAGAAGUGGAAACAAGUGAAACAGGCCUUAAGUUAGAAAGUUCUAGCAAGGAUGAUGAAACAGCUGCAUCUGAAGCAGGUAUUAAAGCAGAUAUGCUAGAAACAUCGAAGGUUGUAACACAAGCAACUGGAAUAUCAUCACAUUCAACUGGAGAGCCUAUUACAUCAAGCCCAUUUACAAAGCAUUUUAGCACUGAUUCAGUAUUUCUUGAUCAAGGCUCGGGAGACCAGUCUCAGGAUGAUUUACUAGAGGUUGCUUCUACCAAGACUUCUGAAAUAAAAACCGAGGGAACUACUGAAGCUAUUGGUACACAUUCUUUAGCUACAGAGUCCUGGUUGAGCACAGAAAUAGAAACAUCAUUAAAACCUGAAUUGGGUUCAUCUGUAGAUAUGCAGGAAAUAUCAAAAGCACAAACACCCAGUGCCACAUUAACACCUGAAAUCAAAGAAAGUUCUACCAAGUAUGAUGAAACAGCUGAAUCUGAAGCAGGUAUUAAAGCAGAUAUGCUAGAAACAUUAAAGGUUGUAACACAAGCAUCUGGAAUAUCAUUGCAUUCAACUGGAGAGCCUAUUACAUCAAGCCCAGUUACAAAGCAUUUUAGCACUGAUUCAGUAUUUCUUGAUCAAGGCUCAGGAGACCAGACACAGGAUGAUUUACUAGAGGUUGCUUCUACCGAGACUUCUGAAAUAAAAACUGAAGGUGCUACUGAAGCCAUUGGUACACAGGAAGCAACAGUGGGCUUUGCAGUUGAAACAAGUAAAAUAGUUCUAGGAUUGGAAACAGAAGCAGCAGAAUCUAUAACAUUGGUCAGUGGAGCUGCAGAGACAAAAUCUGAGACAACAGACAUCUUACCAUCACAUUCAACUAGUGAGGCCACUCCAUCUCUUCCAGUCAAAGAAAUAUUCAGCACAGAUGAAAGUUCAGGAGAUGAUGGCUUCUUACUGACAUUGACUAAAGCCUAUGCAACUGAAACUGAACCUAUCAGAAGCACGGGUUUCCCUACUAAAGGACCUGAAGUAAGUUUAGAAGUGGAAACAAGUGAAACAGGCCUUAAGUUAGAAAGUUCUACCAAGGAUGAUGAAACAGCUGCAUCUGAAGCAGGUAUUAAAGCAGAUAUGCUAGAAACAUCGAAGGUUGUAACACAAGCAACUGGAAUAUCAUCACAUUCAACUGGAGAGCCUAUUACAUCAAGCCCAUUUACAAAGCAUUUUAGCACUGAUUCAGUAUUUCUUGAUCAAGGCUCAGGAGACCAGUCUCAGGAUGAUUUACUAGAGGUUGCUUCUACCAAGACUUCUGAAAUAAAAACCGAGGGAACUACUGAAGCUAUUGGUACACAUUCUUUAGCUACAGAGUCCUGGUUGACCACAGAAAUAGAAACAUCAUUAAAACCUGAAUUGGGUUCAUCUGUAGAUAUGCAGGAAAUAUCAAAAGCACAAACACCCAGUGCCACAUUAACACCUGAAAUCAAAGAAAGUUCUACCAAGUAUGAUGAAACAGCUGAAUCUGAAGCAGGUAUUAAAGCAGAUAUGCUAGAAACAUUAAAGGUUGUAACACAAGCAUCUGGAAUAUCAUCGCAUUCAACUGGAGAGCCUAUUACAUCAAGCCCAGUUACAAAGCAUUUUAGCACUGAUUCAGUAUUUCUUGAUCAAGGCUCAGGAGACCAGACACAGGAUGAUUUACUAGAGGUUGCUUCUACCGAGACUUCUGAAAUAAAAACUGAAGGUGCUACUGAAGCCAUUGGUACACAGGAAGCAACAGUGGGCUUUGCAGUUGAAACAAGUAAAAUAGUUCUAGGAUUGGAAACAGAAGCAGCAGAAUCUAUAACAUUGGUCAGUGGAGCUGCAGAGACAAAAUUUGAGACAACAGACAUCUUACCAUCACAUUCAACUAGUGAGGCCACUCCAUCUCUUCCAGUCAAAGAAAUAUUCAGCACAGAUGAAAGUUCAGGAGAUGAUGGCUUCUUACUGACAUUGACUAAAGCCUAUGCAACUGAAACUGAACCUGUCAGCAGCACGGGUUUCCCUACUAAAGGACCUGAAAUGAGUUUAGAAGUGGAAACAAGUGAAACAGGCCUUAAGUUAGAAAGUUCUACCAAGGAUGAUGAAACAGUUGCAUCUGAAGCAGGUAUUAAAGCAGAUAUCCUGGAAACAUUGAAGGUUGUAACACAAGCAACUGGAAUAUCAUCACAUUCAACUGGAGAGCCUAUUACAUCAAGCCCAUUUACAAAGCAUUUUAGCACUGAUUCAGUAUUUCUUGAUCAAGGCUCAGGAGACCAGUCUCAGGAUGAUUUACUAGAGGUUGCUUCUACCAAGACUUCUGAAAUAAAAACUGAGGGAACUACUGAAGCUAUUGGUACACAUUCUUUAGCUACAGAGUCCUGGUUGAGCACAGAAAUAGAAACAUCAUUAAAACCUGAAAUGGGUUCAUCUGUAGAUAUGCAGGAAAUAUCAAAAGCACAAACACCCAGUGCCACAUUAACACCUGAAAUCAAAGAAAGUUCUACCAAGUAUGAUGAAGCAGCUGAAUCUGAAGCAGGUAUUAAAGCAGAUAUGAUAGAAACAUUAAAGGUUGUAACACAAGCAAUGGGAAUAUCAUCACAUUCAACUGGAGAGCCUAUUACAUCAAGCCCAGUUACAAAGCAUUUUAGCACUGAUUCAGUAUUUCUUGAUCAAGGCUCAGGAGACCAGACUCAGGAUGAUUUACUAGAGGUUGCUUCUACCGAGACUUCUGAAAUAAAAACUGAAGGUGCUACUGAAGCCAUUGGUACACAGGAAGCAACAGUGGGCUUUGCAGUUGAAACAAGUAAAAUAGGUCUAGGAUUGGAAACAGAAUCAGCAGAAUCUAUAACAUUGGUCAGUGGAGCUGCAGAGACAAAAUUUGAGACAACAGACAUCUUACCAUCACAUUCAACUAGUGAGGCCACUCCAUCUCUUCCAGUCAAAGAAAUAUUCAGCACAGAUGAAAGUUCAGGAGAUGAUGGCUUCUUACUGACAUUGACUAAAGCCUAUGCAACUGAAACUGAACCUGUCAGCAGCACGGGUUUCCCUACUAAAGGACCUGAAAUGAGUUUAGAAGUGGAAACAAGUGAAACAGGCCUUAAGUUAGAAAGUUCUAGCAAGGAUGAUGAAACAGCUGCAUCUGAAGCAGGUAUUAAAGCAGAUAUGCUAGAAACUUCAAAGGCUGGAACACAAGCAACUGGAAUAUCAUCACAUUCAACUGGAGAGCCUAUUACAUCAAGUCCAGUUAGAAAGCAUUUUAGCACUGAUUCAGUAUUUCUUGAUCAAGGCUCAGGAGACCAGACUCAGGAUGAUUUACUAGAGGUUGCUUCUACCGAGACUUCUGAAAUAAAAACUGAGGGUGCUACUGAAGCCAUUGUUACACAUUCUUCAGCUACAGAGUCCUGGCUAAGCACAGAAAUAGAUACAUCAAUAAAACCUGAAUUGAGUUCAUCUGUAGACAUGCAGAGAAUAUCAAAAGUACAAACACCCAGUGCCACACUAACACCUAAAAUUAAAGAAAGUUCUACCAAGGACGAUGAAGCAGCUGCAUCUGAAACAAGUAUUAAAGCAGAUAUGCUAGAAACACCAAAGGCUAUAACACAAACAUCUGGAAUAUCAUCACAUUCAACUGGAGAGCCUAUUACAUCAAGCCCAGUCACAAAGCAUUUUAGCACUGAUUCAGUAUUUCUUGAUCAAGGCUCAGGAGACCAGACUCAGGAUGAUUUACUAGAGGUUGCUUCUACCAAGACUUCUGAAAUAAAAACUGAAGGUGCUACUGAAGCCAUUGGUACACAUUCUUCAGCUACAGAGUCCUGGCUAAGCACAGAAAUAGAUACAUCAAUAAAACCUGAAUUGGGUUCAUCUGUAGACAUGCAGGGAAUAUCAAAAGUACAAACACCCAGUGCCACACUAACACCAGAAAUUAAAGAAAGUUCUACCAAGGACGAUGAAGCAGCUGCAUCUGAAACAGGUAUUAAAGCAGAUAUGCUAGAAACACCAAAGGCUAUAACACAAGCAUCUGGAAUAUCAUCACAUUCAACUGGAGAGCCUAUUACAUCAAGCCCAGUCACAAAGCAUUUUAGCACUGAUUCAGUAUUUCUUGAUCAAGGCUCAGGAGACCAGACUCAGGAUGAUUUACUAGAGGUUGUUUCUACCGAGACUUCUGAAAAAAAAACUGAUGGUGCUACUGAAGCCAUUGUUACACAUUCUUCAGCUACAGAGUCCUGGCUAAGCACAGAAAUAGAUACAUCAAUAAAACCUGAAUUGGGUUCAUCUGUAGACAUGCAGGGAAUAUCAAAAGCACAAACACCCAGUGCCACACUAACACCUGAAAUUAAAGAAAGUUCUACCAAGGAUGAUGAAGUAGCAGAAUCUGAAACAAGUAUUAAAGCAGAUAUGCUAGAAACACCAAAGGCUAUAACACAAGGAUCUGGAAUAUCAUUACAUUCAACUGGAGAGCCUAUUACAUCAAGCCCAGAUACAAAGCAUUUUAGCACUGAUUCAGUAUUUCUUGAUCAAGGCUCAGGAGACCAGACUCAGGAUGAUUUACUAGAGGUUGCUUCUACCAAGACUUCUGAAAUAAAAACUGAUGGUGCUACUGAAGCCAUUGGUACACAUGCUUCAGCUACAGAGUCCUGGCUGAGCACAGAAAUAAAAACGUCAUUAAAACCUGAGUUGGAUUCAUCUGUAGACAUGCAGGAAAUAUUAAAAGCACAAACACCCAGUGCCACACUAACACCUGAAAUGAGCCAGUAUAUUACAGAUGCCCCACAUAAAGAGAUAAUUAGCACUAAAUCAGAAUUUUUAGAUGUAGGUUCAGGAACUGAUGAAGUCAUGUUCCAAGAUGUAUCUACACCUGUUCCAAUAACAGAAUCCAAGUCAUCAGAAAGUAGAUAUGUAAGCAUUGUUCAGCCAACUACAGAGUAUAUUGCACAACGAAGCACAAUUAAAGAUGAUGAUACAGAAAAACCAAGGGAAUAUAUUGUCGGUACAAAAUCCACAGAUAGUGAUGUAGGUUCAGGUGAUCACUAUGAAAGUGUUGAAGUAGGAACAAGUGAGGUAAUAACCUCUACUGAAGACACAAGGACAUUAAAACCACAAUUCAUUUUUAGUACCGAUGCACCUGAAAAAGCUACAGAUGGUGUGACAGCAUAUUCGAGCAGUAGCAUUAUGAGUGAAGUUUCUGAAAUCCCUCUAAUUGAGCAAGGGUCUGGAGAUAAAAGCCAACAGGCCACAGGAAUAGAUGAACAGAUCAAUACUGAAAGUCAGUUUGAAGAUCAGGCUGAAACUAUUACAAAAGUGUUCCCAGUCACAGAAUAUACAGAGACACUGGAGUUCAAGAAUGUUACAAUAGACAGGGACACAGAAAUUGCUACCAAGGAAACGAAAACACCAGAGCCCAAGAUAAGUGUUAGCACUAGUACUGAGGCGAUAUUACCUGAAGUAACAUCAACACAAGAUGUUCCAAUAUCACACACUCAGUCUAGGACAGAAUUUACAAUAGGCUUGGAAGAUGAAGUUACUAGCAAACCACCGGUAUUAAUUUUUGAAGAAAGCUCAGUCAGCACAAUAUGGGUGGGGACAGAAAAAAAUGAAACUAUUAGUGAAGUCAUUAGUGCAUCUCCUUCAGCAACUGAAUUUAUUCUUGAUGACAAAACAAGCAAACAGAUUUCUGAAGACUUUGAAUUAUCAACUAUAGUGGAACUUAAAUCAACACCUGCAACAAUCCUGGAGACCACAGAGUCCCUGUCCACUGAAAAAACAUUUUUGUAUGAGGAAGGAUCUGGAGACAGCAAAGACAUUUCUGAAAAAACUAAGCCAAUAUAUAGAGGUGUUACUGUAUCUUCUGUAGAAGAUUAUGAGGCACUUGCCAGUACAAGUGGUACUAAAUAUUUAACUGAACUAGAGACAGAUAUACCCCAAGAAACAAGUUCAGAUAUUAGUGAACAUUAUUUACUAUCCACACAGCAACCGCAAAUUAGUACAGAAACACUCUAUGCAAUUUCUAAAGACAUUUUCGAAACAUCAAAAAUCACUGAGACAUCAAUUAAACCAAUUAAAGAAGAGUCAACAUAUAUAACAACAAGGCCCACUACACCACCAGAGAUAAUAGAUACUGCUUUUGAAUUAUUUUCAGGACAAGGUUCAGGAGACAUUUCAUAUGAACCAGUUACUCCUUCUGCUUCAAUAAAAAUAGAUUAUGAUUCUUUUAGCACAACUCUAGAAAAACAUAGCAAGCCUUUACUUCAUACAGACAAGCCACAAUUGCAUGAAACAGAGAGCUCUAAACCUGACACAGAAAUGUAUUCAAAAGCCACCUCCCAGAUGUCUGUAGAUUCCAGCAUAUUGGAGACAACUGACAAGAAUGCUUUGUUUAUUGAAACACAAACACUGCCAUUAACGAGUGAAAGUGUUCCUGCAAAGGAGGAAUCAGAAUCGGAACGAGAACUUAUUGGAGGCAGUCCAUCCACAGUUAUUGGAACCAGUAGGCCUGACACUGAAGAGACAGUUACAACUUUACCUAUUAUUCCAGAGAGUCCACAUGAGGGUGGUCCUGAAGUAACUUCUGAGGAGGUAGUGACUCCUAAAGAAUAUGUUUUACCAAUUAUGACUAGUGCAUUUCCACAAGAAGAUCGUGUUUCUACAGAAAAAAAAUUUGAAGCCAGGGUAACCAGCAGACCAAGUAUGUUUGUUGACAAGGAAUAUCAUGAAACUGUACCUUCAGACCUAGUUACCCUUUCAUCUGAAAUAGAUAGCACAACAGAUGGCAAUAAGGUUAGUGACAUAGACCAAUCAGCUGAAACACCUGAAGAAAUAUUAUUGACAACAGAGUUAACCUUUACAACGAAAACCAUAAAGUCUGAGGUUGAAGGAGACAAGGUUAUGCCAAGUUUGGAAGAUUCAAGCAAAGUGUAUGGGACUUCAGACUUAAUACAUUUUAAGACGGUUACAUCCCAGGCUUUACUUUUGGGGAAACAUAGUGAAAUUGAUUUGAUCACUACAAAAGAGACAUUUGAAACUGAUUAUGUAUCAAAGGAAGAAGGGGAUGGUACAAUAACAAUUAGCCCUGCGGAGGAGCAUAUCACAUUUGGUGACAGCAAACCUGAAUAUGUCACUGAAGAUACAAAAUUAAUAGACAAGCCUAUAGCAAGCACACAUACUUACAUUCACAAAGAUGAGGAUGUAAGUAAGGUAACAGAAGAGACCACCGUGGUGACUCAGGAAGGAAGUCCAAAAUAUCCUGUGACUGUUAUUCUUGUCAAUGGGGCUUCUGACUAUACAGGAAAAAUGAUCCCCAGUACUUUGCCAUCUGCUGGUUCAGGUACUGAUCAUGUUGUCUCAGAGCAAGAGGUUAGUGCAGAUAUUGCUGCUACCUAUAAGCCAGAGGAUGUACAUUUAUUAGAUCACUCUGAAAAAACAGAUAUUUUGGAUGAAUCUGUUUCAUUCUCUAGUGAUCAUAAGGAAGAUACCACCUCUUCACAGCAGUAUGUUGUAGAAGACAUCGACCACAUACCUAAACAUACCUCGCCUACAGUGGAACCAAGUAUAAAUUCAGAUAAUCACAAAUUUGAGGAAUCAUUUACUCCAUUUCCACAAUAUUCAUAUGAAAAGGUGGAAACUCAGUCAGCCUUAGUUGUACAGAAAGAAUUGUCAACAGUUUCAUACAAUAUAGCUGAGCCAGUUGAUGAAAAUAAAAUGGACUCUGCAGUUCCAGAAGAAGAAGCCAUUACUACAGUACCUGUAACAUCUGAACCUGAUAUGGAAGUAACUGAUGGAAUUGAUAUCCACAUUUCCACUAGUCAUAAUGUUGAUGGAGCUGAACUUCACAUUGCAAAUCAAGAUCCAUGUAAAGUAAAUCCAUGCCAAGGUGGAGGGACCUGUUACACUCGCAGUGGUACAACCUUUGUCUGUACGUGUAUGCCAGGUUUCAGCGGAGAUCAAUGUGAAAUUGAUACAGAUGAAUGUCAGUCAAAUCCUUGCCGGAAUGGAGCAGCAUGUGUUGAUGGCAUAAACUCCUUUAAGUGUAUCUGUCUUCCUAGCUACACUGGAUCACUUUGUGAUCAAGACACUGAAGUCUGUGACUAUGGCUGGCACAAAUUCCAAGGUCACUGUUACAAAUAUUUCGCCCAUCGGCGCACCUGGGACGCAGCUGAGCGAGAGUGCCGGGUACAAGGAGGUCACCUGACAAGUAUUAUGUCCAAUGACGAGCAGACUUUUGUCAACCGUUUAGGGCAUGAUUACCAGUGGAUUGGGCUCAAUGAUAAGAUGUUUGAGAAUGAUUUCCGAUGGACUGAUGGAAGCACAGCGCAAUAUGAAAACUGGAGGCCAAACCAACCAGACAGUUUCUUCUCUGCUGGCGAAGAUUGUGUCGUUAUUAUAUGGCAUGAAAAUGGCCAGUGGAAUGAUGUACCAUGCAACUACCAUCUUACUUACACCUGCAAAAAGGGAACAGUUGCUUGUGGACAGCCUCCUUUGGUAGAAAAUGCCAAGACCUUUGGAAAGGCUAAACCUCGCUAUGAGAUAAACUCUAUGGUCAGAUACCACUGCAAAGAAGGCUUUGUACAGCGCCAUUUGCCAAUGAUAAGAUGCAGAGGUGACGGACGAUGGGAUUUGCCUAAAGUGUCAUGUCUGAAAUCUUCCAAUUUCCAAAGGACUUAUUCUAAGAAAUAUUAUUAUAAGUUUACUCCACCAGAGAUGAGGACUUCCAUGAAUUCUCCAAAACACCACCACAGCUGGAGCAGGACUUGGCAAGAUUCCCCACGCUGAACAACCCUAACCUACCAUCAGCAGACACCUUGACUGCCAAAGUCCUCAUUUAUAGUGCCUUUCACAAGAGUUCUGAGGAGUAAUAUCUUAGACUUGGACUAUGGCGACGAAUAAAAAUAAGACACUUUGACCUUAAAUCUUUUUAUAGGGACUAAACCUGAUGUAAGCAAAAAAAAUGAAACCAUUACCUGUCCAGCCUACUAGAACCAUUAGUUAAUGUAUUUCAUCACAACGGGAACAGAUUUAUUGCAUUGAUACAAGCUUCCUUUAAAUAUUUAAGCAUCUUGACCUUAGCGGAGAUGCUUUUGUAAAUAAGAUGAUCUAAAUAUGUUUUCUAAUCAUGUAUAUAAAAUGAACUAGUGAGACUAAAGUCGGACUUAUUUAAUGAGCGCUAUAUGAGUCAGAGAGUAUGCCACUUGUGCACCGGAGGUCUUAUUGAAAUGCAGUUGCUUCUGGUGCACAAGUACUGGUGUAAAUUGAGCUUAGUACAUUAAGGCUGGAGAUUGAGUGUGUGGCAGAAAACUUUGUGCCAGACUAAGAACAAUGAUGAAAUUAUGUGCCAUACAAUAUGUAAAUGUUAUGUGUCAGGUAAUACAAUGAAGGAGAUCUACUUUAUCACCUGCAAUAAUGGAAACAUUGUCUUGUUCGUCCAGGACCACUUUUGUAACAGAUGAAAGGGGUCAUUUAUGAUCAGCAAGGUAGGGUGCAAAGCACAAAAAAGGGGGAUAAAGUCUUCCAUGAUUUUGCACUUGGCACUCUGCCCUACAUACUAAAUUCAUUGCUACAAAAAAUGGAGCACAGAAACCUGCCACCAUUACGAUGAAUACAGCAUUGCCUGUGUUUCAGAGUGCUGUAUUCAUGAGGGGCUGGAGGGGGAGGCAUGUAGGUGUCAUCCCUUCCCUACCAUUCCCCAUCUUGCAUGUCAUUCAGACGUGCAAGUUAGGGAGUGGUUGCAGGUUCAGACUGCAAUAGGACCUUUAUGGGUCCGAGGAUAAGGACUGCUCUGCAUCUGAACCCACUGUGCUUUUCACCUUGAGCCAGAUUUUCAGUCUGCCACAAGAGCACUGCCUGUGCUGCAAGUCAAGUGCGAUGAGCACCUAGGGGCAUGGUUUUGUGCCCUUUAGCGCUCAUGGAUCAGUUGUAAAUGACCCCUGAAUUGUCUUUCAUUGUACUUUCAAUAGAUGUAAAUUGCUAAUUCACCCGGGAGUCAUUUAUAAAUGAUUACUGAAGCAAAAUCAGACCUAGACCAGAUGUACCAUAUUUGCAUCAAAUUGUAUGUUGCAUCACUUUUUUGAUGCCAGUGUUUCGACUGCUGCAUGAAUAGAUGCAAUACCAAUAACCCAAGCUGAGUCAGUUUUGAUUUUGCUUUGUAUCUUUCGCACAUAGGAAAAAAGGCUCCAGUCCAGUGUUGCUGUCUUUCAACAACUAACCAUUGCAAGGGUGCAUUUUACAAUGUUUUAUUAAAAAAAUAGAACAAAAAAAGUGAAAAAUUUUGUACAUAUAGUAAUUUUUUAGGUCUUUUUUAAUGAGAAAAUGAAUGUGUAGUGAUGAAUGCGGCAGCUGUGAAGCAAAUAUGAACAAAUGUAGAAAGCCGUUCUGAUUUCACUUAUGGAAGGCUCAUUGCCAUGGGUUCUUUUUUCUUUUAUUCCUCCAUUUGUGAAAAACCAACCAUAAUAUUUUAUUGAGUUUACAAAUGUUGGAAUGAAAUUGCUGGAAGAUCAUUACUAUAGCUUUUACACCAUUAUCUUCGAGAAAGCCCUAUAGACACCAAAUCCACUGGGACAGCUCCAGGGUAACAUCCUACAAAUAUAGUUAUUUUCUAGUAAACAAUGAAAUUAUUCAUGAAUAGUGAUAGGUGAAGAAAUUCGGCAGGCGCGAAUUUCCGCUUUUCGACAUCGGCAAUUAAAUUUGCGAAACUGCGGAGAAAAUUUGCCGGCAAAAAAAUCAACUGAGUCAAAAUUUGGUGGCACAUCAGAAUAGUAGCAAUAAAGUCAAUGGGUGUCCGACUAAUUUUGACGCACAAAAAUUUUUAAGCACGUCAAAAUAAGUCGGACACCCAUUGACUUUAUUGCGUUUGAACAAAAUAGGUGGGUGUAUAAAAAUUGUUGCGGCCAUCAAAAUUGACGCACGUCAGAAUAAUUUUGACGCCCAUUGACUUCAAUAUUUCGCCAUUUUGCAAAUUUCGUGGGAAAUUCAUGAAUUUACCCAGCGAAACGGGACAAAUUCGCCCAUCACUAUUCUUGAAAAAAAUUGCCCUGUAUUAGUAGAGAAGGGUUCAUAAUGUAUCCCUGAAAUAUUAGAGUAGGACGAUAUUAACAAAAGCAGAAAAGAUGCUCUGCAAUUAUGUUGGUUAUUAUUAAACUGAACCGUCUAAAAGGGGACUGGAAGUGAAGUAAUAAUUUAAAGCUGGUCACUCACUGGCUGUUGUGGCCAUGAAUCUGGGCAAGUGUUUUGUGCAAUCAAACAUUUGGUUUAAUUAUUUCAGCCAAACCAACCUAAGACUCAAAACAUUGGCUUGUUGGCCAAGCUAGAAUUGUGUGGGGGCUGCACUUCUUUGCAUGGAUCUGAUUGGCCAGAUAACUGUGAUCAUCAUUCACCUUUGUAGCCAGCUCAAGUAGUUCCCGGAAUCCAAGACUUGGCACCUAUUCCCAAAGUGUUAUUUUAUUAUAUCAUUUUAUUUGAUGGAAUCCAAUGAACAAAGUAUAUUUAUUGCAAUCGGCCUACUGUCAUGGCAGCCAUUGAAGCUGGAAGAGAGCCACUCCAUGAAAUGAAACAGAUAUGGAUUUUUAACCAAGUGCUAAUAACUGAGAGUGUGAUUGAUGCAUUCCUUUCUGACUGCUGCACCUUGCCUAAUCAUAUUUUGUACUUGACAACAAUGCACCAUAGUGUUGACCUGUAUGUUUUUUUUCUAUUACAAUGCACAUAAUACCUUCUCCCCCCCCCCUGUAUUUAUAUUAUAACUUGUAUAGUAUAUAAUGUGAACCUUUGGGUAUUUGUGAAUGAAAUGCUUCUGUUUCACCAAAGAAACUUUUUUGGUUUGCUA